AAAAUAACAAUUUUUAUGGACAAACGGACGGCGGAUAGCGGAACACCAGAAUAGUAAAAUGCGAACAAUCGGAGAACCCUGGCCGGAAUUUAACGACGGCAUCUUCUACUCCGACCGCGUCCGCCCCUCCGAUUCAGGUGUUACACUUGUCGACUAUUACUCCACUAAGUACAAGAGUUCAGCUCCUUUACAAGGAUGGUUGCAGAGAAUUGGGAAUGGACAGAUAACUGUUGACGGUAAAAUUGUUACAGACCCUACCAAAGUUCUAAGUGCUGCUUCAGAUUUGCAAUAUCACCGACUUCCUUGGAGAGAACCUGAUGCACCGUACUUGCUUGGAGUUUUAUUUGAAGAUGACCAUUUGAUUGCACUAAACAAGCCGUCAGGUCUCCAAGUUUUACCGGGAGGACUAUUCCAGCAGCGGACUGUUUUGACUCAAUUACAUUGGUAUGCAAGCAAACAGAGAUCAUUAUUAUCAUGUCAAGAUACGAAUGCUGUCCCUGUUCAUCGCCUUGGAAGGGGUACAUCAGGAAUAUUGCUUUGUGCAAAGACAAAGCUUGCAAAAGCUCGUAUCUCGGCAUAUUUUGCAGAUGGAACAUCAGUUGUCGGGAGUAGCAGAAUUGAAGAUGCAGAUAUUAGUAAAGCUAGGAAAAUCUCAAAGACGUAUCGGGCAUUAGCAAGUGGUAUUCUUCAUGAGAAUGAGGUCAUCAUCAAUGAGCCAAUUGGGAUGCUACGAUAUCCUGGAGUUGCGAAAGGAUUAUAUGUUGCUUCACCCUCAGGAAAACUGGCACUAAGCAAAGUACGUGUUCUUGAGAGGGAUAUACAGAAUAAUCGCACUGUGGUGGAGGUUGAAAUACAAUCAGGAAGGCCACAUCAGAUUCGCAUUCAUCUUUCCUUUAUUGGCCACCCGCUGAUAGGUGAUCCUUUAUAUGUUACUGGUGGGCAACCACACUGUUUUGAUCCUGAAUCUGUGGAAGAAAGUUUUGCUCAAGAUGGGGGGUACCAGAGACCUCUGAAUCCGGUUCCAGGAGACUGUGGAUACCACUUGCAUGCACAUCGAUUAAUUUUCUGUCACCCGUUAACAAAUAAGGUCAUAGAAGUAAUUGCACCUCUACCAUCAAUAUUGCAGACGCAGGAAGAGAGCAAAGAACUUAACCAUUCUGAUCAAGAUGUCAAGUAACAACUGGGGACUUGCGAGUAUUGAUUAGGACCUUUUCUUCUUUUUCUUCAAAACUGCCUCGAGUAGACAUUUUGCUAAACAUUUUGGAGUCUGUUCAGUGCUAUAAUUAGAUUCUUUUCAAUGAUUUUGUAAGAUUAACAUGUUUGAGAGGACAAUAUAAAAAUUAGGGAAAAAAGUUUGUAUAGUUCACAACUUUUAUAUAGAUUUACCUUGAUUACUAUAUUUUUACCUUUUUUGUUUUAAAACUUCAAUCAAUAUCUUAAUAUACAGUUUAUUUUUUUUUGCA